GAACCUCCCAAAUAAAUAGGAACCUUUUCUCCACCAAAAGCCUCAGACAAACUUUGAGAUUGAACUUGCUGCUGAGAGGUCAACUGACAACUCUAGCCAGAAUGAGAUCCCGCACUGCUCUUCUGCUGGUCUCUCUGCUGGUGAUCUGUCACUCGGUUUAUGCAGCUAUCCUAGAAACCAACGGUUCCUAUAAGAGCUGCAGAUGCACAAAGCAGACUUCAGACUUUAUAGCGCCAAGAAGAUAUGAAAGUAUUGAGAUCAUUCCUUUUGGGGGUGCCUGCCGAACCACAGAAAUUAUACUCAAACUAAAAACAGGGCAGAAACUGUGUGUGCAUCCCAAGGCCCCCUGGAUGCAGAAAUUUCUGACUAAGUUACAUAACCAAAAGGAACAAACAGCUUCCUCACUCAAAGAAUAGAAGAUUAAACAACUUUAGGAGGAAAAAGGAUGGAGGGCACAGACCUGAUUGUUUCCUAAUUUUGCUUUUGCUUCCUCUUACCUUUGUCUUGCUCAGCCCACAGAAUUAUUCUUUCUAAACAAGCAGCAACUGUUGCUAGCGACUGCUUCCCUCUCGAGCUGGUUUUCCAUUAGUCAGAUUUCUUGUUCAGUGUUUCAAUGUGCUGCCUCAUGCAUCAUGAGUCAUGGAAGAGUAAUAUCAAAUCAAACCAACUACAAGAAUACCACUUCGGUUUCUUGAAAUAAAUGGACUAACGUUUACCAAGUAUUAUGGCAUCUGCCAUAAGAAUGUGUAGUGAGCCAUUUUGUAAUGAUCAUGCCUUUGAUUCCUCAGUGUCCUUUUUCCGUGAUACAUCUUCAAAACUUCCCAAACAUUAAUCCCUGCCUUGUUCUUUGCUUGCUAGUAAAUUUUAAAUAUCUUAAAGGGCCCUUUCCACCAUUGUUGGAAUAAAUGUGAAGCACUUUCAGUGCAAAGUAUUUUUUGAACAGAUUGUAAUCUUUUAACUUUUUAUCAUGUACUCUUCGUGUGUGUGCUAUGAAGCAAGUGCAAUUCAAUUAAAGCUCAUGGUUUACAAUAAUUGCAUCAUCCUUUUAAUCUAGUUCUGAUGAGUCGCUGGAGUUUUGGCAAAGUCCUCUGCAAUUCGUACAGCGCCUUGCACAAUGAGGUCCUGGUCCAUGGCUGAGGGUGCUAGGUGCUAUUCCAGUACAAAUAAUAAAUAACCACAGGGUGGUGAAAAUGUGACUUUUAAAGUGAACUGUAAACCUAAAGCAGCACAUAGUGAAAUUCCAGGGUCGAUCAGGCCAGUAGCAAGAGUCCUGCCUCUCCAAAAUAAAUUGGUACCAUAUACAUCAUGUGUGGCUGACAGCGAGGAUGCAUGGAUUCUUAAUUGCACAGCUUGCUUGUUCUAAGCCAGGGGUAGGCAAACUACAGCCCUUGGGCACAGACUUCCCCACUGCUUGGUGGGUGCUCGACCCCCCCACCCCGCCGCUGACCCCGCCUCUUCCUGCCCCUGCACCGCCCUUACCCCUUCCCCCAAGUCCCCGCCCCUGCCCUGCCUCUUCUCUGCCUCCUCCCCUGAGCGCGCCGCGUCCCUGCUCCUCCCUCUCCCUCCCAGAAAGUCCUAAGCACCGCCAAACAGCUGUUAGGCAGCAGGGGGCAGGAAGUGCUGGGGAGGAGGAGGAGGAGCAGGGACACUGCACUUACGGGGUGGAUCUGGCCCAUCAGGGCUUUGGAUCUGGCCCGUGGGAUUGCCAGCCCCACGCUGCCGGCACUGUGGUCCCUGCGAAGAGGCAGAGGGCUCCAUGCGCAGCCCUUACCCCACAGCUCCCAUUGGCCAGGAAUGGGGAACCGUGGCCAAUGGGAGCUUCGGGGGAGGUACCCAGCCUCCCCCAGGGGCCUCGGGGACAUGGUGCUGGCCUCUUCUGGGAGCAGCACGGGGCCAGGGCAGGCAGGGAGUCUGCCUUAGCCUCGCUGUGCACCGCUACCACCCCGGAGCAGUGCCCGGUAAGCAGCGAGCCCCUGCUGCACCCCUUCCUGCACCCCAACCCCUUGCCCUGAGCCCCUUCCUGCACAUCGCACUCCCUCCUGCACCCCGGCCCUCCAUUCAUGGCCCUGCAUACAAUUUCCCCACCCAGAUGUGGCCCUGCAGCCAAAAAGUUUGCCCACCCCUGUUCUAAGCUUUCUGUUAUAUUUUGGAUAAGACACAAGAGCCUGAAAAAGCUAAUUUGCUGAAACUGAUGUACAAGCUUGUAUUACACUAAUCCAAUUCUAUGAGAUGUUUCUUUCUUGACAUGACUUUUCUGGGAAGCUAUUGCUCUGUUAAAGGACUGAGGAUACUGUACAAAAAGCCUUGUUUGUCUUAUUUAAUAAGCCUAAUAAUGGAAAUGUAAAAUGUCGGUAUUUCACUGCUGAUAUUUUGGCAGAAACAGGCAAUAGCUUAAGAGUUAAUAUUCACCUACCCUGGGACAUUGAUUAGCAUUGGGGAAGGGACUGGGCCAUAUAGUAUUUCCACCCAUGAUGCUAAUCUGAUCCAUCUCUUAACUCCCAUUCCACUUUCCAUUGUCUCUUCAAUUGAUAGCAUGAAGCAGUUUAGCCAAUUCGUGCAUUAUAAAAGAGGGGCAUCCUUUCCAUUUGAGAACUGAUGGAUUAAAACUGAAUCCCUGUAUGGCUUUUCUAUCUCAGUC